AUGAGCUUCAUUAACCAGACCUUGAAUCUGGCGCUCACCCGUUCGAUCAUAGAGCAGGCCGUGGGUUCGUGCGGGAAAUGCAGUGCGAUUGACUACACACAGGUUUUCACCGUCAACAACACCUACCAGUCUUUCGACGAGCGAACGCUCCUCGCUUACGUCAACUCUAAACUUCAUUUCACUCCAUAUGGUCUUCAUCGACUGCGACCAUUCUACAAGCAAAUAUGCGAUAAGAUCUCCUACUCCGGCAUCAUCUCCCCGGAGUUAAAUGCUGUAGAAUAG